UCCGUAGUGCGUCGUUGAGGAUGCGACCACGUGACACAUGUGAUACUUGUGCUUUCAGUUCUCCUCCAAAUGCGACCAAAUACGCGGACAAAAUCUGUUAAUCAGAUUAUAAACGGCGUCUCCGGAUUACUCGAUUCCUGAUUGUCGAAGUGUAAGAUCCGAAAACCAAAACCACAGGCAGAAAUUCUUUCGUAUUUCUAAACUUGGAAGCAUAUGUAAGUUAACAGCUUCGCUCUUCCACCUGGCCACUUGACAACUGACGUUCACUUGGUAGUGAGCCUGGAGAGGAGGGCACCAUAAACAGGAUACAAAUGCGGCUGAAAGACCCCUUCUCUUUAAAAACCGCAGACAUGACCAAGCGGUCUAACAAGCCAAAGAAGCCUCGUGAUGAAGACUCUUCUGACGAGGUUGGCGGGUUGACAUGCCAGCAUGUGAGCAGGGCUGUGGACCUCAGCUCAGUGAAGAAGGCAGUGACAGGCAGCCUGUGGUCUGUAUGCUCCGAUUGCCUUAAAGAGAGGAACAUUCAUGAGGGAGAACCGGCAGGAGCACAUGACAUCCUUGUGUGCCUCAAGUGUGGGUUCCAGGGUUGUAACCAGGCAGAAACUCAGCAUUCCACAAAACACCAGCAAGGUCAUCACUCUGACUCUCACUGUAUCACCAUCAGCCUCAGUACAUGGAAAGCCUGGUGUUUUGAAUGUAAGGAAGAGCUCUCCACUCAUUGCAAUAAGAAAGCGCUGGCUCAGACUCUGGAUUUCCUGCAGAAGCACUCAGCAAAGGCCACCUCAGGAACAACUUCAAAAUUUAUCAGGUUCCGAGAGGAAUCCGCUGAGUAUGUAGACCCUCAGAGAGGGAAGACUCCAGUGAAUAGCACACUUAUCCCAGUCAAGGGCAUCAACAACCUGGGUAACACCUGCUUCUUCAAUGCUGUGAUGCAGAAUCUGUCCCAGACCCACAUGCUGAAUGACCUAAUUCAAGACGUCAAGGAAAAGGGACAUAAGAUUAAGAUCUGCCCCCCUGCUGAGACUAAGUUGGUGCCACUUACAGUGACGUUGCCCAGCCCAGAACCCCUCACCUCAGCCAUGUUCCUGUUCCUCCAAAGCAUUAAGGAGCCUGGGAAAGGGCCUGUCUCCCCCAAGAUCCUUUUCAACCAGCUGUGUCAGAAGGCACCGCGCUUUAAGGGUUACCAGCAACAGGACAGUCAGGAAUUGCUGCAUUACCUCCUGGACUCCAUGAGAGUGGAGGAGACAAAGCGCAUUAAAGCAGGCAUCCUCAAAGCCUUUAACAACCCCACGGAGAAGACAGCUGACGAGGAGACCAAACGACAAGUGAAGGCUUAUGGGAAGGAAGGAAUAAAAAUGAAUUUUGUUGAUCGGAUUUUUGUCGGAGAGUUGACCAGCACCAUAAUGUGUGAAGAGUGUGAACAUAUUUCCACAGUGAAGGAAGCCUUUAUUGACAUUUCCCUUCCCAUCAUUGAGGAAAGGAUCUCUAAGCCUACAAACCCUGGUAGACUAGGGAAAAGUGGGCGGGAGCAAGAUGGACCGGCCUCCCAUGAUGACUCGUCAGCUACCCAUUCACAAGCCAAUAGAAACAGCAGGAGGUUGAGUGGACAGAAGCUGCAGGGUCGCCAUUCAUCCACUUCUCAAGAUGAGAGAGGUGCAGAUUUGGUUUCUAGCCGACAAGAGGAGGAGCUCUGUGUGGCUGGGCGUGGCCUGGCCAGUUGCCAGGCAGAUACAAUGGGUAGCCAAUCAGACUGCAGCGAGAAGGAUUCCAACCUGCAGGACAGCAGUAACGAUGCGGACAGCGAGGCCUCCGAGAGUGAAUGGUCACCACGAAUCCCAUCUGUGUCCACUCACAGUAGCCCAUCAGAUAAACUCUCAACCGGCACGACUUCGGCCUCAACAGCACCAAAUCCAAGUCUAAAACCAAACCUGAGCCCCACUUCCUUAGGCCCCAUUAGACCUCAGCAGGGCGGUGCUGUAGAGCAGCUUGUCAGCGCUGUGUCCAAGCUAGGCCUGGUGCCCACUUCCACUGAUACUCUACCUGUCAGUCACAGCCCAGAUGAACCGUCCGAGGUCCGGGAGAGAGACCGUCAGCACCAUCAAGGGGCCUUCCAAGCCCUCUGUCACAGUUACACCCCCAGCUCUAAAGAGUGCUCCGUGCAGUCCUGCCUGCAUCAGUUCACCUCUGUUGAGCUGCUGAUGGGCAACAACAAACUGCUGUGUGAGAACUGUACUGAGAGAAGGCAAAGACAGAUGAAGAGGAGUGAUAAGAAGGCUGAGAAGGUGUACACCAGUGCCCGUAAACAGAUGCUCAUCUCGGCACUUCCUCCAGUUGUCACUCUUCACCUUAAACGAUUUCACCAGGCCGGGAUGAAUCUGAGGAAAGUUAAUCGACAUGUGGAUUUUCCUCUUUUGCUAGACCUGGCACCUUUCUGCUCUGCCACGUGCAAGUAUGUGUGUGGCAGAACCUCGGGUCAGGAGAGCGUGUGCUGUACAGCUUGUAUGGCAUUGUGGAACACAGCGGAUCAAUGCGUGGUGGGCAUUAUGCAGCCUACGUGAAGGUUCGCACCCCCCAGCGUAAACCUGAGCAGCGCCGGAACCAGUCAGGUUCCAGAGAGGCCAGCUCAGCCCCACAAGGCCAGUGGGUGUAUGUUAGUGACACCAACGUACAGACUGUACCGGAGUCCAGAGUGCUGAACUCUCAAGCUUAUUUACUUUUCUAUGAAGAACUCCUAUAGAUCCAGACGGACGCGUGAAUGCAAGAUGAUCCAGACAAAUGCAAAACGCAAUAUCAGCUCCGACAACAGCGAGCACUUACUGCAUGACUGUAUCCCUGUAUUUUAACAUAGGAUUCCAUGUACUAAAAUCUUUGUCUUAUGGCUCAUUCAUUACUCAGUGUGAUCUGAAUUAAAAAUGGGAUCCAUUAUUAUCGAUGUAAAAGAUUAUGAGUUUAAGUUAUUUUAGAUUUGAGUUUAACUUUUUUUUUUUUUUUUUUUUUUUUUUUUGGGAGAGGGUGAAAUUGCCAAAAGAGUCUAUAACCUCUGUUGUGAAAGGAAAACUCAGCACAAUAUGCAGCUGUUGUUUCAGAGCCGUUUGUACCAGUCAUAUCCUGCACUGGAUCACACAAACUAGUCACACACACAUAGAUACGCAAACAACAUGUCAUCAUUUACUUGGAGACAAUUUAAUAUUCACAAGGUUGCUUGAAAACAAUAGAAUAAAUUGUAAUUUGCUGAUUUUCAUUUAUUUUUGUGUUAACAUUUAACUUUGUUUUGCUUGCUCAGUACUAAUGUUUUUGAAUGUAGUUUGAUUCAAAUCAUAGAAGUGGGCCCUCUUGUAAAGUUUCAUGAAUGUAUAACUUGAGAACAUUACUCUAAUGGAUAAGGAGUUUGUGCAAUAUUCCUGGACUUUGUCUCAUGCCUCAUUUAUCUAUUUCAGAAAUGAAUACGAGUAAAAAAGAAAACUAUUUCUUAUUAUUUCCCCUCAUGAUUUUUGAAACCACAUCAGUGCCUACAGUUUAUGAGGGCUGAGAACUUUUUGCAUAUCUUUAGCAAAGUAUUCCUCCAAGAGUAUAAAGAGAACAGUUUGUGUAUAUACUGAUUAGAAAUAUACAUCAUUGUAUGUAAAAUAUGUAUCUUGCUCAAUACUAUUUAUUCUGUUUACCACAACACCAUAGAUUUCUGUGGUGUAUAAGUCUUCAGGGUUCCUCUUCUACGGCUUGAAUUUUGUGAACAUAAUCCAGUACAAAAUCAUUUAAAAUGAUAAUUUAAAUACAUUUAGUG